AUGUCAAAACCAACCACCACCGCUGUUAACGCCAGGGCAGUGUUAUGGCGGGCUCGUGUGAUCUCCGCUCUACGAACCACCCUGGCUUGCACCAUAGUGGGCUGCACCUCCCUUUACGGGCCGGCGCCCCUCCGCCGCUACCUCAAGUUCCCGGCCUUCUCUUACGUCACCACGAUUCUCAUAGUGUCGGAUGCAACGCUGGGUGACGCCCUGCGGGGUUGUUGGCACGUAUUCUGUGCAAGCCUACAGGCAAUGAUCCUGUCCAUUGCUGGGUUACAGUUGAUAGGACCGGCGAACCUGACUGUGCCGGCGGCAGCGGGGGCAGUGGCUGUGGGGGCGCUGGUGGUGGCGAUGCCAGAGUCGAGCCACUUGAUGAGCAAGAGGAUAGCGUUUGGGCAGCUGGUGAUUGUGUAUGUGAAGACAGUGAUAGAUGGAGCAGAUGCUGGGGUGAUGGCGCAUCCCAUUCAUGUCGCUUCCAGCACUGCCCUUGGAGCGCUCGCUUCUGUGCUCGCUAUGUUGUUCCCUUAUCCUCAUCUUGCAUGUCUCCAGAUACGGAAUGUCUACAAAUUGUACGUUGCGCAUGCCUCCGAGAGGUUGAAUCAUAACCUGCAGGCCCUUUCUGCUCUGGACAACGCAAGUGCUCUGGAUUGGUUCACUGAAGCCAAGUCUCUCUCGACAGUAGGGUCCAAGCUUCUCGAUUGCAUAAGAUGUAAACUGGACGGCAUGCGUUGGGAAAGGCCUCAAGUGACAAUCUCCGAUCCAAAUUAUUAUGCGCACCCGGAAGAACAUCUGCAAGACAUGGAGUUAACACUGAGAGGAAUGGAAAUUGCUCUGUCGUAUUGCUCUGCGUUUCCCGUUGAAGCCGUCGAUCAGGAACUCAGAGGUGUUUUGCUCGACUAUAAGGGUCGGAUCACUCAAAAGUUAGACCAGCAAGCCAAGUGCUUUGCGUUGUCUGAUACAGCCACAGUUCCAGACAGCAAGAAAGAAAUUUCCAACAGUUUCUCAGGGUCUCCAAAAAGCCUUUGCAAAGCUUGUAAAGAUCUCCCAACUUCUUUCUUUAUUUACUGCGCGGAACUUCUCCUAAAGGAUUCACACAUUACAAACAAUGAACAGCCCAUGGCGGAGAAAACUGAUGCCGUUCAAUAUAACUCCUGGAAGAUUCGAGAGUUUGCGAUGAACCUGCUGCCCAAGAGUCAGAAUUUGGCAUUUGCAAUAAAGUGCUCGCUUUCAUUAGGCAUUGCCGUGUUACUUGGCUUGAUAUAUAACAAAGAAAACGGGUAUUGGUCAGGACUUACCAUUGCCAUCAGCUUCAUCACAGAACGGCAGGCCACCUUCACGGCUGCUAAUGCUCGAGGACAAGGAACGGCAAUGGGGUCAGUCUACGGCAUCCUAUGUUGCUUCCUGUUCGAGAGAUCGGUGGAUUUAAGGCUCUUGCCUAUUUUGCCGUGGGUUGUUUUCUCUUGUUUCCUGAUGCAUGGCAGGAUGUAUGGGCAAGCUGGUGGGAUUUCAGCUGUUUUAGGGGCCCUAUUAAUUCUGGGGAGGAAGCAUUAUGGCACUCCUACUCAGUUUGCGAUUGCUAGAAUCACCGAAGCCACAAUCGGACUCAUUUGUUACAUGAUAGUCGAGAUUCUUAUGAACCCCUCAAGAGCAGCAACCCUGGCAAAAUCUGAACUAUCCCAAUGCUUGAGGUCGCUUCAGGAUUGCAUUGAUGCCAUAACCAUUUCCCCUGAAGGUGAGAACCAGAUGCCACGGUCACCUUCCCAGACUUUUCGAGAAAGACGGAAGAAGCUGAAAUGUUUUGUGAAUCAACUAGAACAGUUCUCAUCAGAUGCCAAGUCGGAGCCAAGUUUCUGGUUCUUGCCUUUUCAUGGUGCCUGCUACAGUAAGAUGCUGGAAUCGUUAUCAAGGAUGGUAGAUCUCUUGCAUUUUGUGGAAUACUCAACAGAACACGUCCCACGAUUUUCAGAGGAGGGUGAAGUAAAUUUGUGGGAGCUUCAAGAGCACAUGGUGAAGAACAUAGAACUUUUCCAGACUAAAGUUGCCCCUACACUGAGGCUCCUUGAGGAGAUAACCAGGAUGAAGUCACUAAGCCAACUCGAACAAGAUUUAAAGAGUGAAAAUAUCCCCGGUGACGUUGAAUCAGGGCAUGCAAAUGGCGACACAUCGAAGAUCUCGUGUGCGAGUGAGGACGCUGAUAGAAUGACAGGCUCUUUCCUCCAGCACCUGGAGGAGGCAGCUAAUAUGAUUGAGACAAACAAAGAUGAAGAGAUACUUAUAGGCCAGAUGAUUUUUCACUACAGCUGCUUGGGAUUCUGCAUCGUGAGCUUGAUGAGAGAAGCAAUAAAGAUUGAAAAUGAGGUCAAACAACUACUUGUAUGGGAGAAUCCCUCCAGUCGUAUAAACUUGAACGAGAUUUAUUGUAAGAUCAACGCUCUGCGUUCAGAAUAAACCCCCCUCCAUAAGACUUCACUAGGAAUUAUUAGUGUAUUAGAAGUGACUUAGCCUGCUAAUUAAGCAAUAUCAUG